AUGGACUUCUUUACCCGUUUCUACAUGGCGCACAGCCGCCCGGUCAAGAUUGCGAUCUCGAUAUCCCUUGUGCUGGUGAUUCUGUUCGCCGACAUCAACUUGCUAGUCCUGUUCAUAAACCCUCGAGCCUUGCGUGUCGAUUCUCUCCUCUACGUAGGUGAUGAUCUGUCCAGCCGCACAAGAUUCACACCACAGGUUGUCGUCGCCCUCUUGUCUAUAAUCCUAGCAGCCGCCACCGUUGCGCUGGUCACUCGAUGCGUUGAUGAAGCUCUCUGGAACCACCUCACGCCCUCGGCCACCGUGGACCGUAUCACGGCUGCUGAGAGCCGCAACCUCGCAUUAUGGUCUACCUCCGCCGCAGCCCGCAUCCGCUACGUUUUCAUCGGGGGAUCAUGGGCGCUCCGUAUCUGUGCCGUUCUGCUGCUUGCCGGCGCCGCUGUGAACCCCGUCCUCGUGAGUGGCAUUUCUCAGACGGUCGACUCGACUUUCGAGACGACUUUCCAGCCUCGGGAUAGGAACUAUAACGACUUCAGCGGCUUUUUGGACGAUGUGAAUACCUGGUAUGCCUCCGGGACGACCCGCGAUCUCCUAGGUGAAGCGGCAUUCCUCACAUCGCUCCAUUCGCUUAAUGCUCCCGCUGCGCAUGUCUGUAAUACCUCCCUGUGUCGUGCAAAUGCCCGCAUGGCCGGCUUCCAAGCGAUUUGCGCGUCUGACAAGAUCCCAAACCCGGAUGGAAUUGGCCUCAAGCCCAGCAGUCUUAAAAAUGCACGCAGCCAGCAGUUCUGCAGCCCCAAGCCCGGUGAUCGAAAGGUCUGCGUCGCCCUAGAGUCAAGCGACCCCGAGACAGCCGCCAUGUUCACCAACCAGCGUGCCACCGAGUCAGAUGGCGACUUCACCACCCUCUUCGGUGCUUAUGUCUAUAAUUGGUAUAUUGCACAAGAGCAACGCUUCAUAUACACGGUGGACUGCACCGUCCGUUACGGGUGGGUGAACGUAACGCAGGUUGGAUCCAACCCCCCCGAAGUGAUACGCUCCAGCUUCCAGGUCGUUAGCAAAGACGAGCUGCCGCGCGGCGCAGGCUAUCUCAGCCGUAUCUACGGUGGUGAUUUGCUCGCAUCGAGUCCCUGGAACUUCUCUGGUGGCGCUUACGGUGCUAACGGAGAGAAAAUUGUCACACACCCUAUCGGCGUUGCGCUCCUUGGAUGGAAGGAAACCGCAAAUGGCCCAAAAGUUGCACGACGCAUCGAACGUGCAUGGGAUAUGAACAAUAUCUUCGCAUUCGGGAGGUCAAUCGACAGAAUCGACCUCUCCACCACAAUAGAGAAACGAGUGAACAAAUACGUGUACAACAAACUCGCACUCUUCAUCCUCAUAGUCCCGUUCCUGGCGUCCAUCCUCGGAAUAUGGAACCGAUGGCAUGUACUCAGUGACGAGCUGAUGCUGGGAUAUGAUCCUGUUCGAAUUGUGAGGUGUGGUCCCUUGUAUGGAGUUGAUCCGUCGACUACCGGGGAAGAGCUGGAUAAGAUGGUGGUGGCAAGAUAUAUACAGUCUGAUAUGGAAGGGGAGCAGAAUUAUCAGUUCAUUGCCGGCGGUGGUGAUUUUGUUGCUGAGUUGGGGAGACCGAAGCAUGGAUAG